AUGUCAACUAAUUUCGAGAAACAUUUUGAGGUCGAUGUGGACAACUGUUCGAUGGAACAGUUGAGAGACAUCCUAGUGAACAAAUCGGGCAAAACUCCAUUGGCGAACCGUUUCAGAGCUCUAUUCAACUUGAAGGGUGUUGCUGAAGAGUUUGCUACAAAGCCUGAGGAAGCUAAGAAGGCGACAGAGUACAUUGCGGAAGCCUUUGGCGACGACAGUGAGUUGUUGAAGCAUGAAGUUGCGUACGUUUUGGGUCAGACCAAGAACAUGACUGGUGCUCCUUUGCUAAGAGACGUGCUAGCGGACGAACAACAACAGUGUAUGGUGAGACACGAAGCUGCUGAGGCUUUGGGAGCGUUGAACGACGUUGAGUCAUUGCCCAUCUUGGAAAAGUACUUCAAGGAAGAUCCACUAUUGGAGAUCAGACAGACAUGUGAACUUGCCAUUGACAGGAUCAAAUGGGAGACGAGCGAAGGUGCUAAGAAGGAAUCGCUACAGGAGUCGCUAUACUCUUCUAUCGACCCAGCCCCACCUCUUUCCUUGCAAAAGGACUACAAGAUUCCAGAAUUAAAGGCCAUUUUGAACGACCAAUCGCGUCCAUUGUUCGAGCGUUACAGAGCCAUGUUCCGUUUGAGAGACAUUGGUAACGACGAUGCCUGUCUUGCGUUGGCCAGCGGGUUUGAUGAUCCAUCUGCUCUCUUCAAGCACGAGAUUGCGUAUGUGUUUGGUCAAAUCGGUAACCCAAUUGUCGUUCCUCAUUUGAAGGAAGUGUUGGAAAGAGAGCAAGAGGCUCCUAUGGUGAGACACGAGGCUGCUGAGGCGCUUGGUUCCAUUGCCACUGAUGACGUUCUUCCUGUUCUAAAGGAGCACUUGAAGGACACUGAUGCGGUUGUCAGAGAAUCCGCCAUCGUUGCCUUGGAUAUGUACGAGUACGAAAACAGCAACGACCUCGAGUACGCUCCAGUAUAG